AUGGGGAGGAUUGGCCUCUCCUGUCUUCUUCCUGCUUCCUGGCAUUUCAGCAUCUCUCCAGUGGGGUGUCCCCGAAUUCUGAACACCAACUUACGCCAAAUUAUCGUCAUCAGCCUUCUGGCUGCUGCUGUCUCACUUUUAUACUUUUCUGUUGUCAUAAUCCGAAAUAAGUAUGGACGGCUCUCCAAAGACAAGAAGUUUCAAAGGUACUUGGCACGAGUUACUGACGUUGAAGCUACAGACACCAAUAACCCCAACGUGAACUAUGGCAUCGUGGUGGACUGUGGGAGCAGCGGGUCUCGGAUAUUUGUCUAUUGCUGGCCACGGCACAAUGGCAAUCCUCACGAUCUGUUGGAUAUCAGGCAAAUGAGGGAUAAAAACCGAAAGCCUGUGGUCAUGAAAAUAAAACCCGGCAUUUCAGAGUUUGCGACUUCUCCAGAGAAAGUCAGUGAUUACAUUUCUCCACUCUUGAACUUUGCUGCAGAGCAUGUUCCACGGGCAAAACACAAAGAGACCCCUCUCUACAUUCUCUGCACGGCUGGAAUGAGAAUCCUCCCCGAAAGUCAGCAGAAAGCCAUUCUGGAAGACCUUCUGACUGACAUCCCUGUGCACUUUGACUUCCUGUUUUCUGACUCUCAUGCAGAAGUAAUUUCAGGGAAACAAGAAGGUGUCUAUGCUUGGAUUGGCAUUAACUUUGUCCUCGGACGCUUUGAGCAUAUUGAAGACGAUGACGAGGCGGUAGUAGAAGUUAACAUCCCUGGUAGCGAAAGCAGCGAAGCCAUUCUUCGUAAAAGAACAGCUGGUAUUCUAGACAUGGGAGGCGUGUCAACCCAGAUAGCAUACGAAGUACCCAAAACUGUAAGCUUUGCCUCCUCACAGCAGGAAGAAGUAGCUAAGAACCUGCUGGCUGAGUUUAACUUGGGGUGUGACAUUCACCAAACGGAGCAUGUGUACCGUGUCUACGUGGCCACGUUUCUUGGGUUUGGUGGCAAUGCCGCUCGGCAGAGGUAUGAAGACAGAAUAUUUGCCAGCACAGUUCAGAAGAACAGACUCCUGGGGAAACAGACUGGCCUGACUCCUGACACUCCAUACCUGGACCCCUGCCUACCCCUGGACAUCAAAGACGAAAUCCAGCAAAACGGACAGACGCUGUACCUGCGGGGGACAGGGGACUUUGACCUAUGCCGGGAGACCAUCCAGCCUUUCAUGAACAAAACAAACGAGACGCAAACCUCCCUCAACGGGGUCUACCAGCCUCCGAUUCACUUCCAGAACAGUGAGUUCUACGGCUUCUCCGAAUUCUACUACUGCACGGAAGAUGUGUUACGGAUGGGCGGGGACUACGACGCCGCAGCAUUUACUAGAGCCGCCAAGGAUUAUUGUGCCACGAAGUGGUCGAUCCUGCGGGAACGCUUUGACCGAGGACUGUAUGCCUCUCACGCCGACCUCCACAGGCUCAAGUAUCAGUGCUUCAAGUCCGCCUGGAUGUUCGAGGUGUUCCACAGGGGCUUCUCGUUUCCCGUCAACUAUAGAAGUUUAAAGACGGCCUUGCAAGUUUACGACAAGGAGGUGCAGUGGACCCUCGGAGCAAUCCUCUACAGGACCCGCUUCUUACCUUUGAGAGACAUCCAGCAGGAGACGUUCCGGGCCAGCCACGCGCACUGGCGCGGCUUCUCCUUUGUGUACAACCACCACCUGUUCUCCGGCUGCUUCCUGGUGGUCCUGCUCGCCAUCCUCCUCUACCUGCUGCGGCUGCGGCGCAUCCACCGGCGGGCCCCGCGCAGCGGCUCAGCCGCCACCGUCUGGCUGGAGGGGGGCCUUCCGUCCCAGGAGAUCGCUGGUACCUUAUGA